UAACGGCCGCGCGCCCGCCCCGCCCCUUCCUCUCGCGCAGUCUGCUCCCGCUCUCGCUCCACCCCCUCAUCUCGCCCCGCCUUUUCCUCUCGCGCUGCCCGCGCCCAGCACGGCUCUCGCCCCGCCCUUUCCCCUCGCCCCGCCCCUCCGUGCGAGCGCCAGGACCUCAGGAAUCGAUCCCGCGGCAGACAAUCCCAGAGGCGGGGCGGAGAGCGUCGCGCCGUGGUGACGUAGUGUCGCCGGCGCGGACGGGUGACGCUAACGGGGCCCGUUGUCUGUGUGUGGGGCUAGGGGCCCCGGGGCGGCGGGGGCUCCCGGCGCGGGCGGCGGGGUGUCGGGAGGGCCUGGACAUGGCGCUGAGGGGCCGCCCCGCGGGAAGAUGAAUAAGGGCUGGCUGGAGCUGGAGAGCGACCCUGGCCUCUUCACCCUCCUGGUGGAAGAUUUCGGUGUCAAAGGGGUGCAGGUGGAAGAGAUCUAUGACCUUCAGAGCAAAUGCCAGGGCCCAGUGUAUGGAUUCAUCUUCCUGUUCAAAUGGAUCGAAGAGCGCCGAUCCCGUCGCAAGGUCUCUACCUUGGUGGAUGAUACGUCUGUGAUUGAUGAUGAUAUUGUGAAUAACAUGUUCUUUGCCCAUCAGCUGAUCCCCAACUCUUGUGCCACUCAUGCCCUGCUGAGCGUGCUCCUGAACUGCAGCAAUGUGGACCUGGGUCCCACCCUGAGUCGCAUGAAGGAUUUCACCAAAGGCUUCAGCCCUGAGAGCAAAGGAUAUGCGAUUGGCAAUGCCCCAGAGUUGGCCAAAGCACAUAAUAGCCAUGCCAGGCCUGAGCCACGCCACCUCCCUGAGAAGCAGAAUGGCCUCAGUGCAGUGCGGACCAUGGAGGCAUUCCACUUUGUCAGCUAUGUGCCUAUCACAGGUCGGCUUUUUGAGCUGGAUGGGCUGAAGGUCUACCCCAUUGACCAUGGGCCCUGGGGGGAGGAUGAGGAGUGGACAGACAAGGCCCGGCGGGUCAUCAUGGAGCGUAUCGGCCUCGCCACCGCAGGGGAGCCCUACCAUGACAUCCGCUUCAACCUGAUGGCGGUGGUGCCCGACCGCAGGAUCAAGUAUGAGGCCAGGCUGCAUGUGCUAAAGGUGAACCGUCAGACAGUACUGGAGGCCCUGCAGCAGCUGAUUAGGGUGACGCAGCCAGAGCUGAUUCAGACCCACAAGUCUCAAGAGCCACAGCUGCCUGAGGAGUCCAAACCAGCCAGCAGCAAGUCCCCUCUGGCGCUGGAGGCAGGCAGGGCCCCAGCAGCCUCUGAGGGCACUCACACAGAUGGUGUGGAGGACGUGGCUGGUUCAUGCCCCCAGGCCCCAAGCCACAGCCCUCCCAGCAAACCUAAGCUGGUGGUGAAGCCUCCAGGGAGCAGCCUCAACGGGGUUCCUCCCAACCCCACUCCCAUUGUUCAGCGGCUGCCGGCCUUUCUGGACAAUCACAACUAUGCCAAGUCCCCCAUGCAGGAGGAGGAAGACCUGGCAGCAGGUGUGGGCCGCAGCCGAGCUCCAGUCCGCCCGCCCCAGCAGUACUCGGAUGAUGAGGACGACUACGAGGAUGAUGAGGACGACGAUGUGCAGAACACCAACUCUGCCAUCAGGUACAAGCGAAAGGGGCCAGGGAAGCCAGGACCACUGAGCGGCUCUGGGGAUGGGCAGCUGUCAGUGCUGCAGCCCAACACCAUCAAUGUCUUGGCCGAAAAGCUCAAAGAGUCCCAGAAAGACCUCUCAAUUCCUCUGUCCAUCAAGACCAGCAGCGGGGCCGCGAGCCCAGCCGUGGCGGUUCCUACACACCCGCAGCCCUCGCCCACCCCCAGCAACGAGAGCACGGACACAGCCUCCGAGAUUGGCAGUGCUUUCAACUCGCCUCUGCGGUCGCCCAUUCGCUCAGCUAACCCGACGCGGCCCUCCAGCCCUGUCACCUCCCACAUCUCCAAGGUGCUUUUUGGAGAGGAUGACAGCCUGCUGCGUGUUGACUGCAUCCGCUACAAUCGUGCUGUGCGAGACCUGGGUCCUAUCAUCAGCACAGGCCUGCUGCAUCUUGCUGAGGAUGGUGUGCUGAGUCCUCUGGCACUGACAGAGUGUGGGAAGGGUUCCUCGCCCUGCAGCAGACCAAGCCAAGGCAGCCAGGGCUCCAGCAGCCCCGAAGAGAAGGAGGUGGUGGAAUCUGCAGACGGCAGAGAGAAGCCUGGGUUGGCCAGGCCCGGUGAGCCCUUGAGUGGGGAGAAGUACUCACCCAAGGAGCUGCUGGCACUGUUGAAGUGUGUGGAAGCAGAGAUCGCAAACUAUGAGGCCUGCCUCAAGGAGGAAGUGGAGAAGAGGAAGAAGUUCAAGAUUGACGACCAGAGAAGGACCCACAACUACGAUGAGUUCAUCUGUACCUUCAUCUCCAUGCUGGCCCAGGAAGGCAUGCUGGCCAACCUGGUGGAACAGAACAUCUCGGUGCGGCGGCGCCAAGGGGUCAGCAUCGGCCGGCUCCACAAGCAGCGGAAACCUGACCGGCGGAAACGCUCGCGCCCUUACAAGGCCAAGCGCCAGUGAGGACUGCCGGCCUGUACUCUGCAGCCCGCUCUUGCCGCAUGGCCCUCACAAGGGCCCCUUUCCUGCCCCACUCCCCCUCUUCCCAGUAUUACUGAAUAGUUUCAGCCGGAGAGCUCACACCCCAGGAAUGGGUAGGCUGGAUUCCCCGCAAUGUGUCCCAGGGCCUGGCAGGGCAGGGCAGCCCCACAGUGCUCCGGAAGCAGGAGCUGGAGCUGGGGCACAGUGCGCUGCUGCAGCUUCCUCCACAGCCGGCUGUGGAGUGGCAGGACCUGGCCUUUCUGCCUCGGCAGCAGAGUAUAUAUUUUACCUACAGAGACGUCUAUUUUUCUGGGCUCUAACCCAUCUUGCCACCACUGUGUUGACAUAGCCAGCUUCCUGACUGUGUUCUUUCCGACAGUUGUCAUCCUGGUGGGCCCAGGUCCCUGCAUCAUGCCGGGGUCAUGCCUGCAGGGUCACAGCCAGAGGCCUGGGGUAGGGGGGCAUUGGGUCCUGCUGCUCUAGCCCCAGCCCCCAGUCAUUGCGAGGAAGCCAGGUCUACUCUUCCUUCCCCCUGGGAGAGCUCCAAACUCAGGAACCUGGCUGCUGGGCUGGAUUGGGAGUGGGGUGUCCUAGCUGGGGUGGGCGAGAGGCCUGCUGGGGUCCCAUGGCCUGAGCAGAGAGAAGUGUUUGAGCUGUUUGUUGACCUCUAAACUCCCUUCCUGGCUUCAGCCGGGCUUGUCAAGACUGCUUUUUGCAGCAGGGCUCUGGGCCGCUUUGCCUUCAGUGUUGUAGCCCUGGCAAUGGGCUCUGUCCCUGGAGCCUGGGGUUCAGAGGAGCCUCUGCCCAGCCCCUCAGUAUUACCAUGUCUCCCUCCUCUUAGGGAUAGCAGAGACUGGGCUGCUUCUAGGAAGCUGACCCCACUCGUCUGUCCCUGCCAUGCCAGCUUCCUCAGCCUCUGCAAGGCACUCAGGGUGGGGGACAACAGGACUGAGACAACCAGUCGGAACCUAGUGUUUCCAGAGAGCCCAGUGCCAAGGGGCAAUGGGCCCAGCACUGUCUCGAGCUGGGCCCCAAACAUAGCCCCAUGGUCUUUGCCAGAUGGCUUUGAAGGUGAUCUAAGCAGGCCCCUUAUCUGUACAUAGUGACUGGGGCAGGGAUGGCUGGCCAGUAUAGCAGCUGCCUCUCUGUGCUGAGCACAGCCUGACUUCUCUGGCCCCUGUAAAUAUUGGAUCAAUGAAUGAAUAAAACUCUCCUAAGAAA